UAUUAGUAUUAGGUUAAAUUUAGAAAAAUGGCCUUGUGCAGUUUGAGAGUGCUCAACUUGAGAACUCAUUACUGCAGCGGCGAGGCCAAAUUCAAAAGACCUAUCAAUUUCUCUCGUUUCGCAGUAAGGUUCAGUUCUUCUCCUUCACAAGGGGUUAUUGCAUCUUCGAUGGCUUACGAGAAGGAGCUCGCCGCUGCUAAGAAAGCAGCCACUCUUGCUGCUCGCCUCUGCCAGAAAGUGCAAAAGGCUCUGCUGCAAUCUGAUGUCCAUUCGAAAUCAGAUAAGAGUCCCGUUACCGUGGCUGAUUAUGGGUCACAAGCCUUGGUUAGCUUUGUACUUGAGAGAGAACUUCCUGCUGAACCAUUUUCACUAGUAGCUGAGGAGGAUUCUGGGGAUCUUCGAGAGGAGAGUGGUCAAGAAACACUGAAGCGCAUUACAGAACUUGUGAAUGAUACUUUAGCAAGUGAAGGAUUAGAUGGUUUUUCUACUUUAACAGCAGAAGAUAUUACUAGAGCCAUUGACAAUGGUAAGUCUGAAGGAGGUUCUAAUGGUCGGCACUGGGUUUUGGACCCCAUAGAUGGCACUAAAGGGUUUCUUCGGGGAGACCAAUAUGCUAUAGCAUUAGCUUUGUUGCAUGAAGGGAAAGUUGUAUUGGGAGUCUUGGCUUGUCCAAAUCUUCCGCUGGCGUCUAUUGGUAAUAAUCAGCAGCAUUCUGGUAAUGAAGUUGGUUGUCUUUUCUUUGCCACAGUUGGCGAGGGUGCAUAUAUGCAGACUCUGGAUGGUUCCUCAAAAACUAGGGUGCAUGUCAGUGCAACUGAGAAUCCAGAAGAAGCGUCAUUUUUUGAAUCUGUUGAAGCUGCACACUCCUCUCAUGACUUGUCAAAGUCUAUUGCGGAAAAACUUGGCGUCAAGGUGCCACCAGUUAGAAUUGACAGCCAAGCAAAAUAUGGAGCACUGUCAAGAGGAGAUGGGACUAUAUAUUUGCGUUUUCCUCACAAGGGAUACCGUGAAAAGAUAUGGGAUCAUGCUGCUGGCUGCAUUGUUGUGACUGAGGCUGGAGGUAUUGCCACGGAUGCUGCAGGAAAUCCUCUGGACUUUUCAAAAGGAAGGUAUCUCGAUGUUGCCUCCGGCAUUAUUGUCACAAACCAGAAACUGAUGCCCCAGCUUCUCAGAGCAGUGAAAGAAUCCCUCAACGAGAAAGCAUUAUCCCUGUAAUUUCCAUUAAUAAAGGAUGAUUCUAUUUCUGAGCUUGCCGGCUCUGUUGUCAUACCCACUCUCUGACAAUUUUCAACUCAUCUCUCUGCUCCUUUGCAAGGUUGUUGUGAAGCUAAAAAUUAGAAUGCUUCGAUAUACCCACCCACCAAAAUGGUGAUAACUGGUGUGAGCUUUCGGAGCUGGCUCGAGGGGAAUUAUUAUUAAUGAUGUGUUGAUAUUGAUAAGUGGGUCUCCUCCAAAUUACCAGUUUGUCUUCCUUUUACGAAUGAGAAAUUAGAGGGAUACCUAGCUCUUUUGUCAAUGUGCAUUGCAUUUAUCUUGCGGAUAACUUACCAAUGUUCAAUUGAAGCCUCCACUGCUUCGCAUAAGUUUAUCCAAAUAAUACUUCUUAUA